CACAGCGGUGGCGGUGGUGGCUCACAGCAUAUGGUGCAGCACAACGCUGGUGGCGGUGCCAACGGGGGCAUGGACAUUGGCAUGGGUGUUGUGGCCGUGAGCGGUGAUGCUAAAGGGGAUCAGGGGGGAGAGGCUGGCCAGGAUGAGCAAGUGAAGAAAAAGCGCGGGAGGCCAAGGAAGUAUAAGCCUGAUGGGUCGGUGACGCUGGGGCUCUCGCCAUCUCCGUCGACGCCUCAUUCGUCGAGCCCAGGAAUGGGCAUGAUGGUUACAACACCUGGCUCAGGAUUUGGGUCGGGGACAGGGUCAGGGGGUUCUGGUUCAGGCGCACUGACGGAGAAACGGGGCAGAGGGCGGCCACCUGGGUCCGGGAAGAUGCAGCAGCUGGCUUCUCUUGGAAAAUGGUUUCUUGGCUCUGUUGGAACAGGCUUUACUCCUCAUGUGAUUAUUAUUUCAGCUGGAGAGGAUGUUGCCGCCAGAAUAAUGUCCUUCUCACAACAAGGCCCAAGAGCUAUUUGCAUCAUCUCAGCAACAGGGGCUGUCUCCACGGCAACCCUUCAUCAGGAUUCAGACUCCGGUGCGGUGACAUAUGAGGGUCGAUUUGAAAUCCUGUGUCUCUCUGGAUCAUAUUUGGUGGUAGAAGAAGGUGGUACCCGCACUCGAAGUGGAGGCCUUUGCAUAGCUUUGUGUGGCCCUGACCACAGGGUUAUCGGUGGGAGUGUUAGUGGAGUCCUGACAGCAGCUGGAACUGUUCAGGUGAUAGUGGGAAGCUUCAUGUACGGUGGCGGGUCAAAGAAGAACAAAGGCAAAGCGGACCAGGACGUGGAGAACGAAGAGCAGGACGGUGGCGGCGGUGGCGAAGACACCCCCACGUUGGCGCUGCCGGAGCACCCCCACAACAUGCCGCCCCACCCGAUGAGUGGAUGGCCGCCCGGCCUGAUGAACCAGAUGGACCCGAGAUCGUCUCCCAUGUACGGCAGCGGGUCAAAGCAAAGCCAGACCAAAGCGGAGCAAGAAAUGGAGGAGCGCAACGGUGGCGGUGCCGGUGGCGAAGAGCCCCUUGCGAUGGCGCAUCCCGAGGACGACAUGGACCCCGAGCAUAACAUGAACAUGCCGCCGCCCCGCCCAAUGGGCGGGUGGCAGCCCGGCCUGAUGCGGCAGAUGGACUCGCGGUCCUCCAGCAUCGACAUCAACUCGAUCCGCGAGUAGCUCUGUUGUCGCCCGCCGGAGAGACCACUCCUCGACGCUGGAUCAGAUGAGUGGAGAUCAGAUCGUCCCUUUGAGUGACCACACAGCGAGCAUCGUGUACCGUGCCUACUGUAGAUUGCGGUGUUGUUGGAGACUGCUGCUGCUGCUGUUUUAGGAACGAAACCCUGCAUAUCGAUUGAUCAUAUUAUUGGUCAUUGUACUGCGAUGUUGUAUUAGAGAAGGGAUGACGAUGGAUCCUUAGUACCUACCUAUACAGGAAGAGUAAGGAGG